AUGACGAGCCUGCUGCCUCACGACCUGAUCGUGUCGGAGAUCCUGGUCCGGCUGCCCGCAAAGUCCCUGUUGCGUCUAAGCUGCGUCUGCAAGGCCUGGCGCACCACCAUCUCCGACGAUCCAUCCUUCUCUCAGGCGCAUCUCCACCGGCUCCACCAACAAAACAAGAAGCCGUGCAGCCUACUCAUUACACCACGUAUCACCGUCGAAGCCGCAGAACCUUGGAGUUGGACGAUCAGCCACGAGGUCUCUGCCCCGGGAUUGUACCUGUGGGAGGAGAGCAAGCCGGACGUGGCAGCCCUCUUGCACGACACCUCAUCGUUCCCCGCGGAGGACAAGUGGGCAAGGCACCGGUUCGCGCACUGCGACGGGCUUGUGAUGCUGCCAGCAGAGGAUACCGUGCGCGUGCUAAACCCGGCCACGCGCCAGGCCGUCGUGCUGCCUUGGAGCCCCAACAUCGUCACAUCAGGUCGGCGCUGGGGAACCGAAGGCCACAAGGCGUUUGGCUUCGAACGGGAUCAUGGCACCAACGCCUACAAGGUCGCUCGCUUCUUCUACCGCGAGUGUCUCGCCGAGGAUGCUCUUGGGAUGGAGGUGUUCACCAUUCGAAAGGACGACUGUUGGCGUGAGACGGUUACACGACUGCCGUUCUGUUUCGUAGCAAUGCAAACGGCAACCUUCUUCAAGGGCUCCUUGAUCUGGACAGUCGACCAUGAGUCGCUCAUGUAUGAAGACUUGAGUCCGGAUGAGAUUGCAGACAUGCCAUGCUUUGUCCGCUUUAGCCUCGAAGACGAGUCAUUCAAUAUUAUUAUUGGGCCUCCAUGGUACCGAGGGCCUAAUAAAUUUAAGCCCGGUGUCGUGGUUUUAACUCUGACAGUGAUGUAG